GCGAAGGCGAAGCAGGAGGAACUGAAAGCUUCCCUGGAUGCCUCGAAGGCUGCCCCCGCCGAUUGCCACAGCAGUGCCCGCACUCCUGGCCUUGCCGGCAGCCGAGGCUGCUGAGAGAGUUCUCGACACAUCAGGAGAUGCUGGAAAGCCACGGGCGGCUGAUGAUACGCCAAGUCUACGGAUAUCUGGAUCCCCAGAGGCCCGAUGCGAAACAGGCCCAGAAGCUUGCUGGAG